GGAAAUGUGUGAGCGGGAGAAAGGAGGAGAUGCCAUGGGAAUGUUAGACUGAGGUUUUGAAAACUGCUCUCUUACCUCAGAUGUAGUUUAGGGGCAGGACAUGAUGAAGCAGGUUCAUUGGAUCACUGAUAUGCAAAGCAACUCCCACUGGAGGUUCAACCUCAAACUUCUCAUAUGAGCUAAGGUGAGAGCAGAGUUUGGUUCCGUCUUUCUCUCACUGAUGAAACGUAAGUGAGUAAUAUAUAUAUAUAUAUUUUAUUUUAAUUAAAAUAUUUUCUAUUAUUAAAAAGCAUUUUUUGUAAAUGCUCCUUUGUUAACUAGUAUUGCUAGAAUCCGGUGAUUUUUCCAACUAACCCGUUCGGGCACUUUUCUCAGUUUUCAGUGUUGAUGCUAGUGGAUGACUUGGAAUUGACGGAAAUACUAUGGCGGAGUGAUUGAUUAUAGUUUGGAAAUGAAUUGCACAAGAGUCCUGCCCACCUUUGGCAGUCACCCUCAGCCAACUGGGAUGCCAGUCGACCUCGCCAUGUGCUUAAGUCUGAGCCAGCGUCGAAGACUUUACCAACUUCUAUCCAUGAAACCUACUUUGCGUUAUAAUCCUCCCACUGGCAGUCUGCUGAGAACCAGCUUUCACUCUUCCAAUCAACCUUCUUCCUCCCAGUCAUCUUCACCCUCACCCUCUGAUCUUCAGAGCUGUCUCCUCAGGAAAGCCGGAAAGCCGGGCAAAAAGCGUGUUGUGUUUGCCGACUCCAAAGGACUUGCCCUCACUGCGGUACAUCUAUUUAUGCCUGAUACUGAACCGCCCGAUCCAACCAUGAUACAGAACCACAAGUAUCGUCUGGGCUUCCCUCAGCCGUCACUCGACUCCAAAGCGUUCCUGGCACGCCUGCGAGAGACAAACAUACAGUUGGAAAGCUGCAACGUUUCCGAAUGUUCCCUCAGCGGCAAAGUGCACGUCUGCCACGGGAACAGCGACAAGGCGGUCCACUUAAGGCUCACCUUUGACUCCUGGCAGCACCACUUUGACAUUCCAUGCAAGUUCUUACAACAGCAGCGGUGUCUCGGUUUCGAUGUGGAUGUUUUUACCUUCGAUCUGAGCUUACCUCAGAACCUUGACCUGAUCGAGGGGAUCGAGUUCUGCGUGUCUUUCAGGCCUGGAUGCGGCACUUCUAUGCACUGGGACAACAACAGAGGAAAAAAUUACAAAGUGUACUUGGAAAAAGACGAAAAGGACGGGUUACCAUUUUGACCCUCUUAUAUGUCCUUGGGUAUUCAGAACCACGGCCAUGUAAGCUACUUCAGAGGACGUUCACUUGUUGAAUCUGAGUGGAAUGGAGAUCCCUUUGUUCAAAUGAAUAGACCAGGUGACAGCAGUCCACUCAAAAGAGCUACGAAGACAUAUAAAUAAUGGAUAGGAGGAAUAUGUCUUGUGAAAUCUGCACAGUUGGGCGGAUGUUGUAAAAUGCCAUAACUCAGCUACCCUGCUGGAAUGUGAAUAUUUAAACGUGUUGAAUAGAUAAUAAAGCUCUUGUCACCAGUAAA